GCCGCGCUCGUUGCCGCUGGCGCGUGUCUCCCGUGUCGUGGCACACUUUUGAGCGCGAAGUUUUCGUAAAGUGAGUUGCUUAUUGUCCGUCGUAGGUGAUUGAAAACAAGUGACAAGAGAUGCAAAACGCAAUCCUUUUUGUGAUGACUGAUGAGAAGAGUGUGCUUUGCGAUGCGAUACUGUGACAAUAGCAUAAAAUGUAUAAAAACGCGCUUGUGUGGCGCCUAGUCGCCUCAGCUCCACACUGACGCGACAGCGGCACGACUGCGGCACGACUGCGGCGCGACUGCGGCGCGGUUGUAGUGCGACAUGCGCGAUGGCGGACGACAGCACCAUUAUCGAAGGCACCGUCAAGUUCCGCGACGGCAAGAAGUGGAAGUCGCGAUGGUGCGUGAUGCGGAAACUGUCGCCUGUAGCGGACUGCGUGCAGCUGCAGCUGUAUGGCGAUGCACGCGCACGUUGGGCCGGCGCCACCAGCAAGGCAGCGCUCUCGCUGGACGGCUACUUGGGCUGCGAGGCGGGCUUCACCCUCGACAAGCACUCACACACGCUCGCGCUCGUGUGUCGCGACCACACCGCAGUACUGGCCUUCGAGACCCGGGAGCGCCUUAUGCAAUGGCAGGUGAAGCUGCAAGCGCACGUGGCCGGCGCGCGACAGUGGCUUGUGGUGGUGGCUCGCGGUAGCCGGCUGGCGGCGGGCCCGGCACGCCUGCUGCUGCGCGCACCGCAUGCCGCGCUCGUGGCGGGUGUGCCUCCGCGCCUACUCGCCGUUUGGGAGCUUUCGCAUCUCAGGCGGUACGGCGCAGCGCAAGGUCGCUUCUGCCUGGAGGGCGGGGUGCGUUGCGGCCGCGGCGCCGGCCUGCACGUGCUAGUGACGGAUCAGGCGGCGGAGAUCGCGCGCGAGUUCGAAUGUGCCUCUCGUGGGAAUGUCUCUCCCACCAGAUGGUUUGCUGUUUUUAAGAAAAAUGAAGGCGCGGAGAGUUCGAGGACGCAGCCGGCGCACGGGUCGGCGCCGAGCACGGCGCAGCGUGCGCGGCCGCCGGCAGACUUGCGUCUGUACGAGGAACCCUGUGCGGAGGACGCGGGUGCCGUAUCACCGUACUGGCCCUCUGCGGAGCGCACUCACUAUCAGGACAUGGGGCUUGGGGACACGGUGUCGGUGAGCGAUGCAGAGGGCACGGGGUGCGGUAGCGGCGCAGGGAGCGCGUGGGGCGGCGCGCAGCUGCAGCGUUGCCGGAGCUGCAUGUGCAAGCUGGGCGCGAUGUCGCGCUCCUCCACGGCCGCGCUUACACCGGGCGCUAAGCACUUCAGUCCCGCGUGGACUAUGGACGCACUAAAUGAAAAUAUUCAAAGUUAUAAUGUACAAAAUGAUAAUGGUGUAGGUGAUAAUAUAGAGAGUUGUGAAGCUUUGCCUGUUGUAAAUAAGACUGAAGAAGUUUGCCGAUGUUCGGAUACGCCGCCCAGGAGACCGGCCAAGCAGACGGAGCUGGUGCUCGCUGUAAGCAGUGCGCCGCGCUGUGCCCGCUCGCGCAGCCAUUCGCAACUCAGCGCGUUUACAGAGAAAAUUGGGCCUUACGAAAAUUACGAUGUUCCGAAAGUCCCUUCAGCAGAGAUCGAUGGAGAGUACUACGACACACCUAAAAGACUCAAGGAAUGUUUGAAUCGGGAAUUGUUUAAAAUUACCAGAAGUUCCACUACUGACACUCUCGUGUUUAAGAAACCUUGCGGAUGUUUACUCAAACUCGGGAAAAAGUCUAAAGAACCUACGAUAGUAGAUUGUGAAGAAAACUUUGAGGUGGCAAACUGUCCCUGCCGCAGAGUGACGGACUGGGCUCAGGCUUGGAUUAGGUUACCGUACUGUAGGAGGGACACAAAUGCAAUCGAGAAACCUGCGCCAAAUAAAGAAAAUUCAGCGCCAAGUGACGGCCCUAACGCACUGUACGCUACAGUUGACUUAUCACAAAAGACGAGAAGAAAAUCUCAGCUUCAAGAAUGCCCCCCUACCAACGAGCAUCAGACAUGCGAUGCAGAAAUAGACGAUGGGCCGUUAGCCAAUUACGAGAACUUAAGCUUCGCUUUAUCUCUGGAACAUUACGAAAACGCGAAAGAUCUGCUGAGAAAAGUAGGAAUAACCGAAAGCGAACUAGACGCGAUCGGAGCUAACUUAAAACCCUUCUCUUUAGCCAAAAUCAGCAAAAAUAGCGUCUGUCUAAAGUGCGGACACCGUCGGAGCGACACGGGUUUAGUAGGGUCCUGCGGUGGGGCACAGAGCGGGGGCACCGACGAGUACCUCAUGAUGGAGCCCAGCAGCUUGGACAGCGACAGGUUGAGAGACCGCAUGUUGGCCGCCGGAUAUACUCCGAUGUCGCCCAUAGGCAGCUUUGCGUUUCAUACAUUAAAAUAUCCAGUCAAAAGUUCGAUUAAUAGGCUGCUCGAGGAAAAAUCGGCUAGCAAUCCGGCUCUGUGCCCGGACAAGACGAACAACGUGUGCGCCGAGGAGUCCAGCGAAGGUCGCGCGUCCGGUGACGAGAAGGACGGACGGCGGAGAGCGCGCGGCCGUCGCUCCAGCUCCGUCGACUCGUCGCGGUUCCUCGAAGACGUCGAGGAGUUCGAAGGGAGCGUCGGAAGCGGGGGAUCGGCGACAUCGAUGGAAACGUUAAGAGAUUUGUCGGGCUCGCGUGCGCGGGCGGCGUGCGCGUGCACGGCGCGGGGUGCGGGAGCGCGGGGCGGGGCGCGGGGUGGCGCCGCGGCGGCUGGUGCACGCGACUCCUGCAGCUCCAACGACUCGGGUGUGUCGAGCUGGUCGCUGCGCUCGGCCGCGCCUCCGCCCGCCGCCCCGCCGCUGCCUCGCACCGCUCCGCAUGCAUCGGGGGAAUCGCGAGGCGUGACGGACGCGCACAGCACGUCGAGCGGCACGUCAGACAUGUCUGACUAUGCGGAGACGCUAUCGCUGUGCUCCUCGCAGUCGUCCGGGGACGCGCCGGCUCCAUCCGGGCCCUGUCCGCGGCGCGCCGCCAGCACGUUGCGGCCCCGCGCCGGCCGCGAGUACCGCCCGCUGGGCCCGCUCGCGCCCGCCGCGCUGCUGCCCCGCCACCACCGCGCCCCGGCAGCUCCCGGCUCGCACCUGGACGCACAACGAACUGCCGCUAACAAACUAUACUAA